ACGUCUACACCCUCAACCACCCAUUCUUCCUCUCCACAACGAUGUUGGAUCCCGUUCCAUUUGGACGGACCGACCCCCUUCGACUCGGCGGAUGAUCGAAGUUCAGAAGGGAGAAGGGCAAUCCCACGCUUGCGGAAACGCUCUACACGCCAGUUCUCAGACGGAAUAGCACCGCUGCCAUUGUGGUACGUUGCGCCAUCUGGUCUGAUGUUGCUGUUCCAAGGCGGAGCUCGGCCGGGAUUGCAGGCGGUUGAAUAUUAG